CUCCACAGAUGAAGGACUCACUCCACUGCAUCUGGCCGCUGCUGAAGGUCUGACAGACUGUACAGAGACGCUAGUGAGAAAUGGGGCAGACAUACACGCUCAAGACAAGAGGGGUCACACACCCCUCGACCUCUCUAGGAUCUGGGGCCACAGGCUCACUGCCAGGUUUCUGAAAGAUGCCAUGUGGUGGAAAGACAAACAGCAGGGGAUCAAGAAAAGCAAACAGCUACAUGAUCUCAGGCAGGUCCAGUGUUGCAGUGUGCUGGAUCUGCCUCACUUGGGUCGCUCCCUAAAACCAGAUGCCUCGCCCUGGACUGAGGUGGCCAUGCACCUGGCCGAGGAGCUGAAGCCAGGACACUAUUAGACACAUUACACAAUUAGAAAAAAAGGUACAAAAACUGUCACUGGGGUGGUAUCUUUAACA